GAAGAGAGGGAUAGUCCUCAAUUGCCAAAUUCCAUGUUGACACAAGUUCUCCAACUCGAACACGAGUUGCUAUGAGGAAAUAGCGCAGCGCGAAAAUGUGUUAGUGUGUUUUCAUUCAGUUUUGGUGCGAAACUAUUCCAGAAAUCAUGUUUAUAUGGAUACUACGGCCCGUGAUAUUCGUCACAUGUUUCACUUUUGUUACUUGUGCCUACAACAGCUUCUGUUUCGACUGCACCAACUACGCCUCUGACAAGUACUAUGACUUCUGCCCCAAGAAUGGCCCGGCCCAGAUUAAGAUGGCCUUCUAUGGCGCAUGUGACGGGCCAUGCUACUACAGGGGUGACGCCAAGAACGACAGCGUGAUUGUUCGAGGGUGCACCUCCACCCUAGGGACGCUACCGUCGCCCCUCCCACAAGAUGGCUGCUAUGACUGGAACGGGGCCAUCUUCUGUGUUUGCUGGACGCCUUUAUGUAACAUGGUCGGACUUCCGGACAAAUCAAGUGGGGUCUCUCUGGACGCUCACCUGUAUGGGCAGACCGUUACAGCAGAGCCUGGCAGUGUCCUGACCUGCUUCCAAUGCCUGAACUACAACGACAAGGGCGAGUAUUACCCACAAUGCCCCCUGGACGGGCGGGUAAACGUGCAGACUGUGUACAGCGGCAACUGUACCGGAGCCUGCUUCAUCCGGAACUUCAAAGACGACCCGAAAAAGGUGGCGCGCGGCUGCACGAGCAGUCAGUACGGCCUGCCCUACCCCCUGCCCAAAGACGGCUGCUACGACUACGACGGCAACGUCUGGUGUAUCUGUACAACCCCCGGCUGUAAUGGCGGCCCAGUGGGCCGAUCAAGUGGAAUUGAGUUCGACGCUCAUUUAGAAGAUAUCGUGGAAGACAUUGUAGAGGAAGACGGCAUCAACAAAUGCUACCAGUGCAUCAACUACGACAUGAAGGGCAACUACUACCGGCAGUGCCCCAAGUACACCCGAGUGAGAAACGCCUACUUUGGCCCCUGUAACGGCACCUGCUUCAUCAGGUCCUACGAUUACGAUGAGAAAUUGGUUGCUAGAGGGUGUUCGGACAACCAGUACGGUCUGCCCAACCCGCUGCCGCCAGAUGGUUGCUACAAAUGGUACUCGGAGGUGUGGUGUGUCUGUUCCAGCUCAAGGUGUAAUGGUGUUGGUCUAGGAACUCCAAAAAACAUUGAAUUCGACGCCCACAUAAAAAAAUCAGGAGGAGGUGAAAACGCAGCUUUAGAAAAGAAACCAGGGGCUUUAACUCUUGUUUUAAUCCUCAUGAUUAUGACAAGGGCGCAGUUCUUUACAGUAUAAUUUGAGCUUUCUUGUUUCCAAAAUUGAAGUUGCGUGAAUGACUAAUUGAUUAUGUUUUGAAAGUUUUACUAAUUUUUUACUUUGAUAAAAAUCAUGUCAAUUAUUUAUUACAUAAUUAGAUAGUGCUGUUAAUGUGUGUGUAUGUGUGUGUGCAGGUAUGUGUAUGUGUGUGAUGUUGGAAUCGUGUUUGUAAAAACGAACUCAUAGAGACGUAUAUUGAAAUGUUUUAAAGAACAUCGAAAUGCUUCAUGGAAUCAAAAUGCAUUAUGUGACGCAAUAUUGUAGGAUUGCUGUUUUAUAAUAUUGCUAGAUGUUGCAUUAAAAAAAUAACAUUGUACUAAAUAUGUGUGCGUAAUUUCUAAAGUGA